UCCCUCCCCCUCGAACUUGUGCUGGAUGGAGCCUAAGAGGGAACCCUCUAAGAUCUGAGCUGGAGACCACAACCAAACUAGAACUAAGAGCUUCCAGAUGGAUUUUAAAAUUGAAUAUACUUGGGAUGGUUUUCCAGUGAAGCAUAAGCCAGUGUGUGUCAAGCUGAGUCCAGGGGACAAGGGAGUAAAGAUGGAGGUUAGUGCUCCAUUUUUCAAUGAUCCUCCAGCUCCUCUUGGAGUACCAGGAAAACCUUUCAGUGAACUGUGGAAUUAUGAAGUUGUAGAAGCAUUUUUCCUGAAUGAUACAACUGAGCAGUAUUUAGAAGUUGAACUUUGUCCACAUGGACAGCAUUUAGUUCUUUUACUCUCUGGAAGAAGAAACGUUUGGAAAAAAGAGCUUGCAUUAUCAUUCAAAGUGUUCAGAGGAGAAACAAACUGGGAAGGCAUAGCUUUUCUUCCUUGGAGUUAUUUUCCACCAGAUGUGACAAAAUUCAACUCAUUUGCCAUUCAUGGAUCAAAUGAUAAAAGAAGUUAUGAAGCCCUUUACCCUGUGCCACAGCAUGAACUGCAACAAGGACAAAAACCUGAUUUCCAUCGUCUAGAGUAUUUCAAGCCUUUCAGUUUUAACACACUGCUUGAAGAAGAAUGGAAGCAGCCAGAAUCAGACUUGUGGAUAAUAGAGAAACCUGAUACGUAGGAGUAAAGUAGAUAACCAACCAUGUCAA